AUGAGUCUAUUAAUUUCGUUCGAUUCCUCUUCGGUGAUGCUGUGUUCCUCGGGCAACGACUCGGGGUUGUCCGACUCUGUGCUGAUCGAGUCUGCGGACGACUUGGUGCCCAGUGGCUCGAGCCUGAAGAAAUGUACGGUUCCUGUGUUCGAGGAGCAGCAGAGCAUUGUACUAUCGACGUUGAAGCUGAGACACGAGACGUGGGCCGAGUAG